AUGGUGGGAUCCAAGUUCUAUGGCCUUCGCGGCUCGAAGCUCAACUUUGCGAUCACGUUUAUCGCUGGCAUGGACUUUCUGCUCUUUGGAUAUGAUCAAGGUGUUAUGGGAGGCCUCUUGACUUUGCCAUCUUUUGUGAGAGUGUUUCCGGAGAUCGAUACCACCAAAGGAACUGCGGGAGACAGUCCAACUGCUACGAAGCAAGGUAUUGCCAUUGCCUCUUACAACCUGGGAUGUUUCGCUGGAGCAGUGAUUUGCAUUUGGUUGGGUGAAUACCUUGGACGCAAAAAGACGAUUUUCCUUGGUUCGGCCAUCAUGGUCGUCGGCGCGGCGAUUCAAACCUCUGCUUUCAGUCUGGGCCAACUGAUUGGUGGUCGUAUCAUCACCGGUAUUGGCAAUGGACUAAACACUUCAACUGUUCCAACAUGGCAAAGUGAGACAACGAAGUCUCACAAGAGAGGGCAGAUGGUCAUGAUAGAGGGAGCUCUUAUCACUGGCGGAAUCAUGCUUUCAUACUGGAUCGAUUACGGCUGUUCGUUCCUGGAGCCCAGCACGAUCUCCUGGCGACUCCCAAUCGGUCUGCAGAUUGUGUUCGCGUUGAUAAUUUUGGCUUUCAUCCUAGGCUUGCCGGAAUCCCCUCGAUGGUUGAUCCUCAAGGGCCGCGAGGAAGAAGCGCUGACCGUGCUGGCCUCCCUGGGCGAUCUCGAAGAAGACGAUGAGUACAUUCAGAACGAGUUUGCCGCUAUCAAGGACACCGUGCUGGAAAUGUCUAAAGCUGGAUUCGCAGAUGUCUUCACCAUGGGCAAGGAUCGCAACUUCCACAGAGCACUGCUUGGAUAUGUCAACCAGAUGUUCCAACAGAUCUCAGGGAUCAAUCUCAUCACUUAUUACGCCGCUACCAUCUACGAGUCCAUUGGGUUGGAUGGCAACCUUUCCCGUCUUCUUGCUGCAGCCAAUGGAACAGAGUACUUCUUGGCAUCCUGGAUCGCCGUAUUCCUGAUUGAAAAGGCCGGAAGAAGAGUUCUGAUGUUGUUCGGUGCCGUCGGAAUGUCGCUAUCCAUGGUGGUCCUCGCUAUUGUCACUUCCUUCACCGUGGGAGAUACGCAAAAGGUCGAAACUGGACCAGGCUACGUGGCAGUCGUCUUCCUGUUCAUCUUCAACACGUUCUUUGCGGUUGGGUGGCUGGGUAUGACAUGGCUCUAUCCCUCGGAGAUUGUGCCACUGCGCAUUCGCGCACCUUCAAGCGCUCUGUCCACCUCCGCAAACUGGAUCUUCAACUUCAUGGUCGUUAUGGUCACACCUGUCGCUUUUGCAACAAUUGGCUACCAGACCUAUAUCAUCUUUGCGGUGAUCAACGCAUUCAUCGUCCCUUGUGUGUACUUCUUCUACCCCGAGACGGCAUACCGAUCCCUCGAAGAGAUGGACGAGAUCUUCCACAAGUCGACCGGCUAUUUGGACGUCGUCCAGGUCGCCAAACCAAGGAACACACCGAAUCGCUACGACAAAUACGGCAACUUGCUUCACUCAUACCUGGACACCGAAGUCCACAGACGCCACAGCAGCGUUGCGGCAGCGGCAGGAAGACCUCAACCCAAGGCGCAGUCCUCUCACAACGAGGGCUUGCAUGUCGAGAAAGGUUUUGCCAGUGGAAGUGGUAGCGACAACGAGAAGAAUGUUUGA